GGCAGGGUAAGCUGUUGGUGGCAAGGCGGCGGCAAGGCGGCGGCAUUGUGUGGCAGCCCUGCAUGCAUGCCACCUGUCCAGGGUUCGUACCUAGCUUGGAAACUUUCAAGAAAGAGGCAUUUCCAAGACAAAAGAGCUUAGGGCCAUAGUCAAGAAGGCAUUUCAAGUUCAGGCUCUCUCAAGAAGAUGAGCACGGCGCCAGGUUGCAAGAGCGGAAGAUGGAUCCGUACGAGCCUCAAGCCCAGUCUACUCUGGCCUGCAAUCACCUUAAGAAGGAUUGACAAAGCAGCCGGCAAAACGGAGGCGCCGUCGCGGCGUUCAAGACACGGCCGCCAGCAGCCUGCCACAAGCUGGAGAGAUGCAAACGGAUGAAACCACCCAAGUCGCGGCAGAGCUUGAAGCGGGGCCCAAACCCGUGGCACCCCUGCCACAGGAUGAUGGGAGUGGGGGGGAGAUUUUGCACGCCAGCGCACUUGAUGCGGUGCACGAGACGGAGGAGCCACGAGCAUCCAGUUCGCAUGGCCUGCUUGACCCCAACCACUUUCACACUUUCCAGCGCAACCUGAAAGAGGAGUUGGCGACAGCGACCAACGAUUCUGAGGCGAGCUGCGGUCAUGAUGACCGGCAGCAUGCGCGCCUUUUCAGUGAGGAGUUGCAGGGCUCAGAGUCAGAAGGGGUUGGCGAGACCAUUGACGAGGUAGAGUACACCAGAGAGAAGGAGUCGUCCGACGAAGAGAAUUCCCAGGAUCUCAGCUUCAUCAACAACGAACCCAAAACCGGUCAGAAUCCCUUGAUCACCUACGGCCAAAUGAACGCUGCAAUUGAAAGCGACUCGGAGCCAAGCCUCUCUCAGCUUCUGGUGGGGCGCUUCAAGCGGCGGGCACCUGCUGGAGCAACCGGCUCGCCCCAAAACAGGCGGCGCCCCCGUGUGGUGCACUCGUCGCCCGAGCCCUCUGCUGACCUUUCUCCGGCAAACCAAAGCCAGCAGCGUGGCUCUGACAAGGGCGGGACUGAUCAGCCGAUGCUGGACGCCGGCGCCAGCUCUGACGAUGCUCCACGGCCCGAAGACGACGGCUCGUUGGACGAGUUUGACCUGGACCUCUUGGACGAGUUCGCAAUAUGCGAGAUUGUGCCGCGUGCACGAUCACGGGCUGGGACCUUGCCCUCAGCCGCUGGCGCACUUCUGAGUUUGCUCCAUGCGACUGGGGUGCCUCCUUCAGAGCUGUCCACGCCAGUCUUGAACGCGCCGCAGCCCGAUCCUGUCGAUGCUCCCCCUUCUCCCGCCAUCCCCUGUCCGCCCCAAAACUCUCCGGCCGCCCCAGCUGUCCUAGCCAUGCCCGCAGCACCCAACGCCGCCCCCCCUGUCGCAAGGGCGGUUCCAAGACCCGCUGGUGACCGGUGCGCGGCGGCCGCUCGUCAUUUGCACGGGCUGGGCGUGGCGUCGCUGACGUUCAACAUGAAGGUCUGGUCGAACGACAAAGGGGAAGAAAAGAAGGGCCCGCUUGGCCUCAUGCGGGACUGGGGCAACAAGUGUGACCUUGACAACUGCCUGCGGGAAGGGGUUCGGCCCGGCCGGAGCUGCCUUGCAAUCGUGACGGAGGCCUCGGACAUCUAUGCCCUCGACGUUGACACGAAGGACGGCGGGGGCGAGGCCUUCGAGCGGAUGCUGGCGGAGCACGGUCCCCUGCCGGACGACACCCCCUGGGAGUGGACCGGAAAUCGGCCAGGGAGACACUUCUUCUUCUCCCUCUCGCAAUCCAAGGCCGCGGGCUUACUGAGCGGAGCCGGAAGGGCUCGUCUGACCUACAAGGGCGAGAAGGUGGGGCUCGACACGCGCGGUGAGGGGGGUAUGCUCUUUGUGGGGCCCAGCAGCUACAAGGGCUUGGACGGCGCUGUCCGGCGGUACGAGUGGGUGCAAGAGAUUGCGCCGGACAGGGCCAACCUCCGGGCCAUACCGCUGUGGUUGACCGCAAUCAUCAACUCGAGCGACGCGCCCGCAAGCGCACCAAGUGAUCGGGCACCGCUCGUGAGGUUCAACCCAACGGAAGACGAAGAGGCCACAGUACAAGACGCGGCGCUCCCGCCACCGCCGGCGGUCUUGAAGCGUGUCGAGGAGUGCGUAGCCGCUACCGGCGACUCUCACUCCCGCUUCGAGAAGCUGAAGCGACUCGGUGCCGCCGACAUGUACGUGUUCCGUGUGAACGGCCCACGGGUGUGUCCGUACGAAGCGCACCACAGCGGGUCGAACAACUUCUUCGUCCUUGUGCGCGGAUCAGAGCUCGUGUACCACUGCCACAGCUCUGAAUGCAGCGGCAUCCAGCCUAAGCGCGGCAUCGGGCAGCUCACGCCGCGCGAGACCCGGCUGGUGGGCGAGACAGCGCCAGUCGCCGCCGAGGACUCAACGGUGUACACGCCUCUGACGAAAUCCUUCGUCGAUUACUGGGCCCACAAAGGCGACAUGGGGGGCAGUGAGAUCGCCACCAAGAUGUACGCACAGUGCAACAGGUUGUGGUACGAUGGAAAGAGCUGGUGGAUGUGGGACGGGCAGCGCUUCCGAGAGACGGGGGACUCUGUCGUGCUCUUCGUCAUCAUGCAUCAACUCAGCACCGUGUACGACCGGCGCGCAACCGAGCUCGAGGAUGAGUUUGAGAAGACCAGCAAUGAGGAAGAGAAGAAGGUAAUUCGAGGGUUGCUGGGGUCGCUCAAAAACUACAAUGGUUCCAAUGCAGUCGCAGGGACGCUAGCGGUGAUGAAGGGGCAGAUGCAAAAACGCCUAGCUGAGGAGUUUGACGCCGAUCCGGACAUCCUGAACCUGCACAAUGGUGUCCUGGACCUGCGCACCGGCCAGCUUGACGUCCACAGGCCCGGCUAUCGCUGCACCAAGAUGGCCGGGGCAAGCUUCCGAGGCCUGGACUUCCCCACACCAACGAUCGACAGCUUCCUCUCUGACAUCUUCAACGACGACCGCCCUCUGAUCGAGUACAUGGAGCGGCUCUGGGGCUAUGCCAUCAACGGCUCCACAUCGGAGGAGCUCAUCGCCUUUCUUCUCGGCAGCGGCGGCAACGGAAAAGGCGUCGUCAAGCAGAUGUUGGAGAGCACGCUGGGCGAGUACUUUAGCGUCAUGGCGAAGGACGCCGUGGUGAAGGCCCUGGGACAGCGCCCCCCCUCGAAGGGCGCCGCCACGGGCUAUCUCGCAGAGCUCCAGGGGUUUCGGGUGGCCAUCACGGACGAGACGAGCCCGGGGGAGCGCGUGGACUUGGGGCUGGUCCUCGGGAUGACCGGCGGCGGCCAAGUCUCCGCUCGGCUGCUCUAUCGGAACAACGUCAUGUUCCGAUUCUCCCACACCCCGUUCAUCCAAACCAACUACGACCCGGAGAUCCCCCCCACUCUCGCGAAGCAACCCAACGUCCAGCGCCGCUUGAUAGUGGUCCAGUUUCCCAACGAGUACGUCUCCCAGGACAAAUACGACGAAACCAACCCCCGGCACAGGCGCGUAGAUACCGGCCUCAAGGAGCGGAUGGAGGCGCCGGCGGUCCGGGAAGAGUUCCUCACGUUCUUGAUCCAGGGCAGCGUCGCGUACUUCGCGAACCCAAAGGUUCUGCGGACGCACCCAGCGGCCAUCCAAGCGGCGACCGCGGCAUGGCUGGGCCGCGGUGACAAGCUUCAAACGUUCUUGCGGACCGAACACGUCAUCGUGGGCGAGGACAAAGUCGCGUGGGAGGAUGAGUUAUGGGGUCAGUUCCAGGCUUUUGCAGGAAUCAAGAUAUCCAAGGAAGAGUUGUGCAGGCAGAUGGGGGAGAAGGGAUAUGCUAGGACGAAGAAAGGGGGACGCUUUGACGGGGACCCGUCGAAGCGGAUGUUGUGCUACCUAGGUCUUUCGUGCGAGUACGAGUAGACCAGAUAGCAGUCUUGUUACAUGUAUAUAUUGAAGUCGAUAGUGAUCGAUGACGAACUCGAUAACAAGCAUGCUUAUUAUUGUUUAUUGUUAACGCCCUGAAAGGCUGGCGAGCACAAUAAUCGAUGCAAUUCCGAACUUCAAGCAUCCACUAUAAUCGGUUUUAUAGUUGUUUCAUGGAUUAAGCAG